AUGUUGAAUAAUAACCCAUAUAAUUCAAACAAUCAUAGUUUUGAUUUGUCUUAUAUUGCUACUGAUCCAUUUGCUAUUUCAACACUAUCUCUAGCAUAUUUAUCAUGGAUAAUUGCACUAGCAGGCAGUGUUUCAACUACUUUUAAAACAUCCAUAUCCUUUCCAAGAUUUACCUGGUGGGGUUUAGCAUUUGAAUUUACCUUAAUAGUUUCAUUGACUUUAUUUUAUUGUUUCAAUUUAGUCGACAGCUAUAGAAAUUUUCUAUCUUCAGCUUUUGCAGUUGCAUUUGUUUAUACAACAAACUCAACCAAUACCCUUGUCUAUGUAGGUGAUUCAACUACCUCUGCAGCAAGUGCUGGAGUCAUUUUAUUAUCAAUGAUUAAUAUAAUUUGGGUUUUCUACUUUGGUUCAGAUAACUAUUCUCCAAUUAAUCAAUGGAUUGAUAGUUAUUCCUUGAGAAGACAAAACUUGUCUUUAAUCACAAAUGACAAUAUCUAUAAUAUGAAUCAUCAAUCUCUAUUAAUGAAAAGCGCCAAUAACAACAAUAGUAACAAUAACAACAAUACUAAUAGUCUCAAUCCAAAUCUAUCAAACAUUCAAAACAAUUAUAACAGUAAUACUUUUAGUAACAAUUUUUCGUCUCCAUAUAAUAAUAACAACGAUUUUAACACUGAUUUAAUCAAUGGAGAUAACAAUGAAGAAGAUACAUAUCCAUAUAGAGCCAUCGCAUUGUAUAAUUAUGAUGCAAAUCCUGACGAUAUUAAUGAAAUCAGCUUUAAAAAGGGUGAAAUUUUGCAAGUUAAUGAUAUUCAAGGUAGAUGGUGGCAAGCUAAAAGAGAAGAUGGUAGUGUCGGUAUUUGCCCAAGUAAUUAUGUUGAACUAGUAAAAUAA